AUGGCGACGGAUCGCGCCGACAUGAUCAGCAACCUCCCCGACGAUGUGCAGGGCGCCAUAGUCUCCCGUCUCCCCACCAAGGACGGCUACCGCACGCAGGCGCUCUCCCGCCGGUGGCGCCCCAUUUGGUGGUUCGCGCCGCUCAACCUCGACGACGGCUUUUGCUUUAAGAUGGGCUUUGGUCCCCCGCCGGCCAUUCCAAAAAGAAAUGAUUACUUGUCCAAGAAGACCGUCGCGAGCAUCCUCUCGUGCCACCUCGGCCCUUUCCGCCGCAUUUCGAUCGGCUUCAGCCACCUGCACUCCCGCUGCGACCUCUGCAAGGGGCACAAGAUCGUCGACGACACCGUCGCCGGCUGGAUCCGCUCCCGGGCAGCCUGCCUCGAGGAGCUCGCGCUCGUCCACAGAUACUUCACCGAAUGUAAUACCCUGCCGCCGUCCCUGUUCCACCGCGCGCUCGUGCUCCGCGUGGCCACGUUUGGCCGCUGCCGUCUGCCAAGCGGCCUGGCGGUAGACUAUCCGCUUCUCCGGCAGCUCACUCUGCACAAGGUCACCCUGACGGAGGAGGCUCUGGGCCCUCUGCUCGCCGGCUGCCCUGCGUUGGAGAGCCUUCUCCUCAAGGAGAUUAUGGGCUCUUCCAGCCUCCGCGUCAGCUCCUCAACUCUACGGAGCAUCGGCUUCUGUGCUUCUUGGGAAUCCUACUCUCAUAUUGUCAAUGUCAAGGAGCUGGUAAUCGAGGACACCCCUUGCCUUGAAAGAUUGCUGCCAUUCAAUACAGACCAUGGUCCGGCGGCCAUCCGGGUAAUCCACGCUCCUAAGCUGGAGGUAUUGGGAUUCUUGAGUAAAGGCACAUCACAACUCCACCUUGGAUCGACUAUUGUUCAGGAACUGGCCGCCGUUGACUUGAUAACCACAAUGCACACGGUGAAGGUUUUGGCUCUUCAUUAUGUUGAGCCUUAUUUGGAUGCCGUUCUUAAUGUCCUCACAUGCUUCCCCUGCUUGCCAAGAUUAUAUAUCAUUGUGAGUGCUAAUAUUGGCUAG